AUGGAUGCCACUCGCUCUUUAGGGAGAGAUCUGACCUUCGAAGAAUGGGAAUAUUUUGAAUUUCGGUUCGGGUUCAUUCCCGAACACAAUGUGCAAAUCCCUCUGCCCGAUGCUUCACUCUACAGUCCGCCUAAGGGGAAAAAUGGCAUCCCAAUUGCCUUGUUCGAUGUAGGUCUGCGCUUGACCACCAUUGAUUUCUUCAACCAGAUCAUCCGGGAAUACAGGUUUUCGGUGAGAGAUUUGACCCAUAUUGCUAUAAACAAGAUAGUGGGUUUUGAUCUACUCUGUCGUGCCCUAGGGCGCCUGCCGACUGUUCCGAAUUUCAAGCACUUCUUUAAUGCCUCUACCUAG